GCACAUUUCUCUCUUUCAAGCAACUCCAGCAGUUGACUACAUACAUUGCAGGUCUGGUCUCAUGAGUCUUAAAGUUUAUGUCUUAUCGCAGAUGCAACGAAGAAAUAAAGUUCCCGCCAUCGGCAUUGACCUUGGCACGACCUACUCGUGUGUUGGUGUGUUCCAGCACGGAAAGGUGGAGAUCAUUGCCAACGACCAGGGCAAUCGCACGACACCCAGCUACGUGGCUUUCACUGAUGCAGAGCGGUUAGUCGGAGACGCCGCCAAGAACCAGGCUGCCAUGAACCCGAGCAACACCAUCUUUGACGCCAAGCGACUCAUCGGACGUCAAUUCUCUGACGCAACUGUCCAGGCCGAUAUUAAACACUGGCCAUUUACUGUUGUGGAGGAGGGAGGGCGCCCGAAGAUCAAGGUUGAUUACAAUGUGGGUCAUAAUCUUUUUGCGCCUGAGGAGAUCAGUUCAAUGGUGUUGACCCAUAUGAAGGAAACAGCCGAGAUUUACCUUGAAGGCAAGGUCACGGAUGCAGUCAUUACAGUGCCUGCGAUCUUCAACGAUGCUCAGAGACAGGCCACCAAAGACGCUGGGGCAAUAGCAGGUCUUAACGUUCUCCAAAUCAUCAAUGAGCCCACUGCCGCCGCCCUUGCUUACGGACUGGACAAGGGUGAGCGAGGGGAGAAAAACGUCCUGAUAUUCGAUCUCGGUGGUGGUACGUUCGACGUCAGCGUCCUGACGAUAGACGAGGGCUCUAUGUUUGAGGUGAAGGCCACUGCAGGCGACACCCACCUCGGAGGCGAAGACUUUGACAAUCGCCUUGUGGCUCACUUCAUGGAAGAGUUCAAGAGAAAGUUUAAUAAAGACAUGAGCAAAAACCCAAGAGCAGUGAGAAGACUAAGAACUGCAUGUGAACGCGCUAAAAGAACAUUAUCCAGCAGCACAGAAGCUUCGGUAGAGAUUGAUUCGUUCUUUGAGGGGAUAGAUUUCAACUCUAAAGUCUCCAGAGUGACAUUUGAAGAGCUUUGUAUCAAUAUGUUCGAAUCUGCUAUUGAGAUAGUUGAAUGCGCUUUGAAGGAUGCGAAGAUGGAGAAAAACGACAUCCACGAGGUAGUAUUAGUAGGUGGAUCUACACGUAUACCUAAAGUUCAAAAGCUUUUGGGGGAUUUCUUUGAUGGCAAGAGCCUGACGAAAUCAAUCAACCCGGAUGAGGCCGUAGCUUACGGAGCCGCUGUCCAGGCGGCCAUUUUAAACGGAGACCAGAGUAACGCAAUCAAGGACGUUCAUCUGGUGGAUGUAACUCCACUGUCUCUGGGUAUAGAAUCGUAUGAUGGCUACAUGACAACAAUCGUAAAACGAGGAACCCCUAUUCCCACCAGGCAAUUCCAAGGAUACACCACCCCUUUCGACAACACAACCAAACUGAGCAUUAAAGUGUUUGAAGGUGAAGGACGCAUGACCAAAGACAAUCAUCUUCUGGGCAAGUUCCUUCUGACGGGAAUCUGCCCGGCACCUAAGGGUCAACCGAAGAUCGAGGUGAUCUUUGACAUUGAUGCUAGUGGCAUUUUGCAAGUAACUGCAUUGGACAAAACCUCCGGGAGGUCUAACCACAUUCAGAUUGCGAACAAGGGGGGGCGCACCUCCCAGUGCGAAAUCAACAGGAUGGUGUCUCAUGUUGACGAUGAACAGAUAGAAAAGGAAAGACUUGCCGCGAAGAGCCAGCUUGAGUCCUACAUUCAAGAGGCCAAGCAGACCAUCGAAUCUUCCAGCGAGUUGUUUACCUUAUCAGACAAAGACACUGUGUUGAACGCCUGCAACCUUAGUAUCGAAUGGCUUAAUGACAACCCAUUAUCGACAAAAGAAGAAUGCGAAGAUGGACUAAAUACCUUGCUGAGGACUUGCGCACCCAUCAUGAUGAAGCUUUGUCAAAUGAUGUCAUCCAACCAGGCAUGCAAACGAAAGAUAAGCGACAUAGAUGAAAACUAAACUUAAUUCUGAACGAUAUUUGAAAUUAUCUACGGUAAUAGCAGAAAACAAAGACAUUAGACAACGACCGUGUUAGUGGACCAAAACAGAAAGGAGGUAUGCUCGGAAAUUCGGAAUGCAUCCACAAUUUAAACUCUACGACCGAAAAGAAUUCGUAUUAAACUCACUCUUUAAGCACAAUUUGUUCAUCAGUCGACUGCUCGUUUUGAACAUGGUAUGAUUGGAUUAUGUAAAAAUUACUUUAUUCUGAGAAUGAGGCAUGCUCAAAUAGUACACAAAUAGCUUUCGUUAUUAACUACUUUAAAAAAAAAGUUUAUAUAUAUAUAUAUUUGAUAAAGUUAUACAUAAUCUUAGUCAUAAGAGAUGUAGCUAGUUAAAAGAAAAGCUAGGCACAAAAUGUAUUUGAUAUUUAUUGAUUUACGCUAUAACUGUGGCAUCUUUUCCCAUUUCAUUUGUUGUGGCUAAAGAGGCCAACUUGUUAGAUACAAGUAGUAUAGAACUAUAUAAUUUUUAAAAAUGUAGGCCUAUAUUAAUAUAUAUGAUGUGUUGUUGUUUUUUUCAUUAUUUAUCUUCGGAAUACUUCUGGUGUCGAUGCUAGACCAUAUAGGUCUUCGUUACCCACAUAAAUAAAAACAAUAUAAAUAUA